UCCAUCUUUGUGGCGCACUGAGAAACUUCCAGACUUCACUGGAGCUGAUCCUCGGCCUCUCAGCCUUUCCUGAGCCUCCUCAGUUCUGAAAUGGCAGCAUUGUGCCAAAUAAUGCCCUAAACUGCGCAUUUCCCUCAUCACCUACUCAUCAUACGGCAGCAUUGUCCUGAAGCUCACCUCAAACAGAAAUGAGAUAAAACAUGGUCUUAAAAGACUUCGGGAUGUAGUGCCCUCAGGACCCAGAAACAUGCAGGCAGGAUUGAGAAAGGCAAAUGAGCAGAUUUCGAGAGUUUUCUACAAUAACAAGAAAGCUACCAGCCUAGUCUAUGCUCUGACCGCUGGACCACUGCUGCCAUCGACAUUACGGAAUGCUAAGAAUGAAGUCAGCAGGCUUCGGAAUAUGAAGACCAAGGUUUACUGCCUGGGUGUAAAAGACUAUCAGAGAGACCAGCUGAUUCAAAUUGUAGAAGGAAAGACCCACAUGUAUGAUGUGCCCAAAUCCAGUGAUGAGGAAGGCUUUAUUGUAUCGCUCGUGGGAAAUUCCUGUAAGGAAGUUAUGGGUGGGAAAACAUUCUAUGCCUGUGUAAGAGAAUCCUACCAACUUGGGUUUUAUGCACAUGGCCUAAAUCCAGACAGAAUGAAAGACUACACUUGCAGAUAUAAGUUGGGCAAAACCGAAGUCUUCACUAAACCACCUGACUCAGUGACUGGAGAAAAAAUAAUUUGCCCAGGACAUAUUUUUCUUAAGGCUGGACAGAUGGUCGUUGUUGAUUACUCUCUGGACCUGGGCAAUACCUGGAGUGAGAGAAGAUUGAAUAUCACCAGCAAGGACUGUCAGGAGACUGUGGAGCCCCCAGCUGUCCCAACUACAACCAGAGUGACCACAGUGCCUACCACUGUCAGGACAAGGAGGACGACAACAAGGAGGAUGACAACGAAGACCACAGUGCCUACCACUGUCAGGACCAGGAGGACGACAACGAUGACAACGAAGACCACAGUGCCUACCACUGUCAUACCAGGAGGACGACAACAAUGA